CUGACUCGAGUCCAACAAAAGAAAGGGAAGCCAGAAAUGGAACUGAUCGCCUGCAAAGGAGAAAGCCCUAAAUUUGAUCCUCCAUUAAUGUCAAAACCCUAAUUUUCUUGGACUCCAUUAACUGCAAACCCUAAUUUUGGACAUCCACUAACUCCACUCUGCAAGGAUUCCCUUCUCUGAACUUUCUGUCUGUGUGAGUCUCUUUCAGUAACGCUAGGUGUGGAGUUUGACCUGGAGAUUCCUUUGGAAACCCUAAAACUGCCAUUUCUGGGACUUUGCUUGGCACUAGAGCUCUAGUUAGAACGUGGCUUAUCGUUUUGUGGGGGGGGAUUCGUCCUUUUGAUUGUGUAAAACUAUGAAUGCUGAGUUAUUGUUUGAAGGGCUUUAAUUGUGCAGAAGGAUGUGCAUUCAUCAUGGAGCAUGAGAGGGCUUAAAAAUUUGACAAAGGGGGAGGCUUUUUUAGAGGUUGUCAAUAGAAUUCACUGAUCUGGCUGUGGAAGAAAGCCCAUUCAACAUGUACUAUCCUAAGAAGUUCUCAACUAUGGGCCUAGUGCCUCAUAAACCUCAAUCUCAGGGUGCCGACCAACUUGCAAAUAUUGGUGUUUCGGGAGGAUCGCCGAUAAACAAGUCUCCUACUUCUGGAGGAGCUGGAAAGCAACGAUUGCGAUGGACGUCAGAUCUUCACGAUCGUUUUGUCGAUGCAAUUGCACAACUUGGUGGACCAGAUAGAGCAACACCAAAGGGUGUGUUAAGGGUAAUGGGAGUACCUGGAUUGACUAUAUAUCAUGUUAAAAGUCAUUUGCAGAAGUAUCGUCUGGCAAAAUACCUUCCAGAUUCUCCAGCUGAUGGUACAAAAGAUGAAAAAAAGGAGUCAUCUGACAUCCUUCCAAACAUGGAAUCUGCACCUGGUGCCCAAAUUAGUGAAGCACUCAGGAUGCAGAUGGAGGUGCAGAAACGACUUCACGAACAGUUGGAGGUGCAGAGGCAACUACAGUUAAGGAUUGAAGCUCAGGGCAAGUAUCUCCAAAAGAUCAUCGAAGAGCAGCAAAAGCUUGGUGGAACCUUUAGUGCUAAUGAAGCUUCAGAUGAGUUUGCACCGCAUGCUUUUGUGACCAGCACCUCAACCCCACCCAUUUGUGAAGGGUCUCCCUUCAAGAAACAGAAGGUUGGGGUUGAGCUUUGGGAUAACAAUAACAAUACGAAUAAGACCACACAUGGUGGUUUAAUGGCCGGUGAUGAAGAAGAGCCUCCACAAGAACAUAAUAAUACUAAUAGCAAGCAGAAUUUGGGGCAAGAAGAUGGGGAUUUUGUGAGGCAUUGGGAGGAGGGAGGACCAUUAGGGCUAGGUUUUGGGUUGGAAGGGGUUGAGGAUUUGAAGAGUGUGGGGUUGAAGCUUGGUGGAGGGACUGUGAAUCAGAGGCAGGGGAAUCUGGGCUAAGCAGAGAGAGAGAGAGAGAUUCCAGGCGAAUCUGGCACUGUACAUCAGGUUUGGUGGCAGUGGCAGAGUUGGGUUGUAUAUUAUUAUAGAGAUCAGCACUGUAAAAAUGCCUUCUGUAUAUAUCUAUUUGGAUCCAUAGAUAGACAUAGAUAGAUUUACAUGUAAAGAUCUCUCUCUCUCUCUCUCUCUCUCUCUCUCUCUCUUCUAGGAAUUGAAACUAAUAGGUUUACAUCUCAAAUGGAAACACUAACAGGUUUGUUUGAAUGGAAAUUAAGAAACUGGUUUUCCUCAA